AAUUUCAGCCAUGAACGUUUACAUUGGCAACGUGUAGGGGGUGCACGCGGGUGAGCUCUCCGUGCACCCCCGGGAAGCGCCAGCCGCAACAUUGGAAGUGCACAUCUGGUUUCGCCGCUGGGUCCGCGAUCGGCCGCGGGCCCCCCUGGCAAUCGGGUGCCCCCCCAGACUCGGGAGGCACCCCGAGGAACGUUUAUUAAGUUUCCCUUUCUGCUAAUGGGGGCAACUGUUUUCCAGACACUAUUUGAAGAAUCAAGCUGAGUGUUUCCUUUUAAUUGGCCUGGUGCUAAGACCCUCCCCUUCCAGCCCAAAGGUCUCAGUGAUCCCCCUCCUGAAGCAAAAAGGGAGCAAAGAAAUAGGCCGGAGUGGGUUGAAGUAAGCAGCCCUCUCGGGUCAGGGGUCUCCCCGCCCUUACAAAGGAAUGAACCGGGUGUUGUUUGAAGACUUCGCGGAGGCCUGGCAAACUCCGCGCGUUUAUGUUACUGGAUCAUUAUUUUAGGUUUGCUGACAAAUGGAUAAAAGCUACAUUUCUAAAGUGUGUCAUGAUAGCGGUGAUAACUCAGAAAAGGAAUAUCAUGGAAAGAGAGACCUGUCUGCACCUGGUUCGGCAAAAUACAUUAGGAAAGCUGUUGAAAACAUUUUGACUCUUCCUUCAAAAACUCUGGAUUUGAGUGAAAAAAAAAUCCAACAUCUCACUGAGGAUAUAUAUAGAUUACCCGAUCUACAACAUUUGCAUCUGGAAAGAAAUCAAUUGGCUGUAAUUCCUGAAGAUUUAUUUCAGAAGCUGCCAAAUCUUGUUUGGCUGGAUCUUCGGGAUAACAAAAUUAAAACUCUCCCCCCUGGAAUUGGAUGUCACAAGCAGUUGACAACUUUACUUUUAGAAGGAAAUCCUAUAAAAAGAUUGCCUGUGGAGCUUGGUAACUUAACCUCAUUGAAAGCCUUGAAUCUAAGGCAUUGUCCCCUGGAGUUUCCACCUAAAGAUAUUGUACAGAAGGGACUCCAGUCCAUUCUCUGCUUUCUCCGAAACGCUGGGAAUGGAAAUGCAGAAUCAGUUACUCUAGUAGAAAUACCACCUGUUGAAAAACUAAACUUAACGGAGCUGCUGGAGCCCAGUUUGGAUUUGUCAGAUGAGUGGCCUAAUGAAGAAGAAAGGCUGCGAUUUCAGAAACUCAGGGAGGAAAUUAUAAAAGAUGAGCAGGAAGAAUUUCUCGCAGACCGAGAUUUAGGCCCUAAAGCCACAACACAGAAAUUUACUGAACUGGGGAAAGGGAACGGAAUAAAGGAAAGACUAUACUACAAAUCAACAAGUCUUUCCAGGAAAAAAUCCAUGCAGAAGAAUGUAUUUCCUGAGUUUUCAUCCCUCGAUAAGAAGAUACAGACAAAGCGAGCUGAAGAGUGCAGAUUGGCAGCGCAGAAGCAGAUGAAAGAGAAACUGGCUUUAAUUGAACAGCAAAGAAAAGAUAAAGAAAUGCUUCAAGAAUGGAGAAACCAAACUAAAUUGAUGAAGGAAAAAAAAGAAGUUCAGUUCAAGUUUUCAACUGAAAAUGCAGACAUGAUAUCAAAUAGUGCACCAUAUGCUACAGAUGGAUAUGAAAAACAAAAGGAACCUACACUUGAAAAAAGUGAACAAAUGAAACUGUUGAAAUUAAAUGCAGAUCCUGAAGGUAUAAGAGCAUCCAGAGAAAAGAAAGUGAAACAGUGCAUCAAAUGGCAUAUACAAAUGAUGAAAACAAGAAAAAACUCAGAAGGGACACCCUUGGAAGUAAUGCAGAGAGCAAAACAAGACAUUGAAACUGUGGAAAAACUACAGGCUGAGCUAGCACAAAUAAAACAAGAACUUCUUCAGGAGUAUCGUUUCACUGCCUUCACAGGAGAACCUGUUUCCGAUUCACCAAGAAUGCAGCCUCGUAAUAUCUUUUUCAACAUGAAAUUUUAAUUGCCUGAAAUUCUUACAAGAAUACUAGUCAUGCAGUGUCCACCAUUAGAAGACAACUGUAUUGAAGCAUGAUUUAAAGUGUUCCUUUUAUUUCUUCUCCUUGUUGAUUGGAUUUAACAAAGUUAAAGCUAGCAUGAUACACCAUUCUAGAUUAUGCAGUCACUAUGUAAUUUCAGUAGAUUUAUAGUCACAGGGUUGUAAAGUGUUAUGUUGUGUUUCUUUUAUUGAAUCUUUUUGUUCUUAGGGCCUCAUUCAUCAGAAUUCAACUAAAACCUAAAUUGAAAUAUGCUUUAAUGGAAGUUUUGCUUAGCUAGUAACUUCAGAAUUUUCCCCUUACAAGAACACUGUCUAUACACAGUGCUAGGUAGAUUAAUAAUACAAGAAAAAAUACAUGUCCAGCUAUGCACUGUAUAUUAAGGUCAUAGUCAUAAUAGAGCAGUGGUUCUCAACUUUUUUUGUACCAGGACCCAUUUGUAAACAAUGCUAUGGCCAGUCCCAACCUAGCAAAUAGUUUAAGUAGAAAACACACAAGUAUUUGGGCACCAAGAUACUUAUCACACACUACAAGUUAAAGCAACUGAACAGUCUUAAUUUAAAAGAUGGAACUCAACAUCAACAGGAAAACAUUAACAGCAAUAUCAGCUUGUGGCCCUCCAUUACUUCCAAAUGACUUUCAUCGCUGUACAAUUUGCACAGUGCAAAUUGCCAGUGCCCCUCACUCCCGACUUGCAGCCCCCUGGCCCUGCCGGUGCCCCUCAGUCCCAACCCAUAGUCCCCCAUCCCUUCCCAGAUCUGCCGGUGCCCUUCACUCACAACUCACAACCCCUGGCCCUGCUGGUGCCUCUCAGUCCCAACCCACAGCUCCCCACCUCCCAGCCCUGCUGGUGCCCCUCACUCCUGACCCACUGCCUCUGACCCCAGACCCAAGCCCCCAGUGUGUAGGGCAGGGAGUGGGUGUGUAUAGGGCACAUGCCCCCCCCACAUUAGUGCCUAACAGGCAACCCAAGCCCUGUUGCCAGGAAACAGAGCGGACCCUUUAAAUCCAGAACCUUCUGGGUGCAUCUGUCCAGUCGAGCAGGGGUUAAGGAUUGAGCCCUGCCAGCUGGUCAGGUGACAGGAAGGGAAAGGCCAGAACCAUGUAAACCUCAAGUGGAGAAGGCCAGCAGGGCAGCAGAGAGGGAGAUUCCUGAUGACUACAGAGCAGCUGCAGCAGCUUCCUUGGGAAGAAUGUGCCACACUGUGAUACAGAAGCACAAUCACAUGUAAACGGGCAGUUUGCCUCUCUUAUUUUUAUUUUCAUUAUAUGGCCAUAGGGGCCUAUGGUUUAUGUUUAAUGUUAAUGCUGGUGGUUUGUAGCUGAGGCUAUAGGGGAGGAAGAGGCCUCAUUAGCACUGAGGGGUGCCAUGAUAGAGGGCUCAAGAAGUCCUGCUGCACUAGGGGUGCAGCACUAGGGUCCAUGAGCCCAGAGUCACUUGAAGGGAAGAUAGGAGCCUUGAAGCCAGGUCCUAGUGGGUGGACAUAGGCAAACAGCCCUAACUACAGAAAGGGGGGCAAACCCAGAGGGGGCUAAGGUCCCAACAGCCUGGCACCACGGGCACAGUGUAGAAGGGCCAGUAGGCUGGGUGUCAUGGAGAGUAUGAAACAAGCCUGAGUGGGCUAGAGAGCUAGAGCUUCCAAGUCAAGCCCUGCUUAGUGGGUUUUGAUUGACAGGCCUAGCUAGAGAGAGAGGGGGUAAGCCCACAGUGGCUGAAACCCCAACAUAAAGCUAAAAUUAUAAAACAUUUGCAAGGCAUGGGGCAUGUCAAGGGAAGGUAGGAGAGUGCAUUUUGCCCUUAAGGCAACAGCUCAUCAUCCUACAGGCAGUGAGCCUAUCUGGGAACCUUUGGGUCAGCCUCCCUCUUUCUAAGAACCAAGUAACAUCAAGUCAUGGCAGGUGAGUAAAGUGGGGGGAAGCUGAUUCCCAGGGAAGGAAAAUACAGCAAGACUUAAUGGGUACCCACUCAAUGGCCUAUAAAAAAAAAAUGCAUCCAAAGAUGACACCCUGUCACAGUGCCCCACAGUGGGUAUGGGGCUGCAGCUUGGCAUGGGUAGGAGCUGCCUCCGUGGCCCAGCAGGUAGAACCCAGCACAAGAGGAUGGAGCAGGAAAGCAAGACUCGUUGCUGCUGUUACCACUGCCAGGACUCCUGCACCAGCCAUGCUGCCAGCACCAUGAGGAGUAAAAGAUGAGGGAGAGGGGGCUGCGAUGUCCUCACCUCUUCCCACUGCUAGCUCUGCUCAGGCUACAGUUUUACCCUGCUGCCAUCGCCUGACCACUGCCACCACCACUCCCCUCAGGCUGUGGCUCUACCUUGAAGGGGUGGUGGGCAGUGCGGGUAGCCUGAGAGGAAUGGCAGCAGCCAGGUCAUGGUGGUGGGGUAGAGCUGUGGCCUGGCGUGUGAGCAGCUCUGGGCAGGAAGUGGUGAGGGCAGCGUGGUCCCCCGCAUCAAUUACUCGAGCUGCUGGCAGCAUGGUUGGUGUGGGGAUCCUGGUGGCACAUGCAGCAGCAACAAGACUCACCACCACACUCUGACCUCCCUCACCCUCUGGGCUGUGGAGGCAGAUCCUGUCCUCGCUGGUCCAGCUAGGCUGCAGCCCUGUGCCUAUGGCAGAUGCACAAAUUUAGUGGGGCAUGUGCCCCCCUUCCCUCCCAACACAUUGUCUAUACCUCCCCCACCCCACUCCAGAGACUUACCUGCGCAGAGCUGCAGGAGUUGCUUUCCAUGCUUCCUAGCUGCCUCGUGCAUAGAUUUCAUAGACAUUAGGGCUAGAAGGGACCUCGGAAGAUCAAGUCCAGACCCCUGCCCAAAGGGCAGGAAGUCAGCAGGGGUC